CUCAGACCCAUCUGGACUAAUAGAAGGCUGGUGGGACAACAGGGGGAGGUUUCACACUCUCUCACUCUCCGUCCUGGCCCACCCACUUCCCCACUCUCUCUCUCGCUCUCUGGCUUGCAUUCGGGUGCCUCCAGUGCGCACGGUAGAGUCCACGCACGCACGGGAGCAUGGCAGCUACCCACGGCGAGUACAGAGGCUACCUGCGCAGCACCAUGGACGUGGAGGCCGCCCAGCAACGCUUCCAGCCGGUGGCCAGCUCGGAGCCCUCGCACCGGCCGCUCCUGUUCGGCACUCUGGCGGUCAUGGGAUUGCUCCAGGUGGCCUCCAGCGUGGCUAUCCUGUUGCACCUGACGGGCUACCUGCAGGAGGUAGAUUUGACCACUGCUCCACAUCGACCAAUCGAGGAAGUGCAGACAGACAGACCGGUCCUGAACGCGCUGAGAGACACCAGUAAGAACCGAUUCAAAAACCCAAAGGACAAGCCCCCGUCUGCCCACCUCCCCAUCAAGGAGUAUCAGGAGUUCUCCAAGAAGGGUGAGCCAAAGGCCAUCACCAUCGACUGGGACGAGGUGCGUGGGUACCGCCACAGGAUGAACUACGAAAAGGGCAAGCUACUCGUGGUCAAGUCGGGCUUCUACUACGUUUACGCCAAGACCUGCUUCCGCUACUACAAGUAUGUCCCGGAGGACGGCGGGCAGGGCGGCGGCGGGACCUCGGUGGACGUGAGCAACACGCAGCUCAUCCAGUACAUCUACCACGAGAGGAUCAAGCAGAACAGCAAAGUGGACCUGCUGAUGAAGACGGGCAGCACCAUGCGCUGGGACAACACCAGCUACAACAUGUACUGCGCCCAGCAGGGCCGAGGCCUCUGGCUUGAUCAGGGUGACGCCUUGUUUGUCACCGUGUCCAACGCGUGGAUGCUGGACCCGGAGGGAGUAGGGACGUACUUUGGCGCCGUAAAGUUGGGCAACUGACAAGGUCGACGUGUGGGACGCCACCAUGCUACUGAAGUGACGCAAAGGGAACCACUGAUAGUGACUUAGAAAAAAAACAUUUGAUAGUUUUUUUACCACAUAGCCUUUUGAGUCCAAACUCUGGACAAAACCACCCUCAACCCGGUCCAAAGUAGCACUGGAUUCUUGAAAGGUAUUCCUGCGCCUGGUAUUCAUUAAGACUGCAUGUUCAUUGGUUGUUUGUUUGUCUGCACCGGCGAUACAAACAAAGGAAGUGAGUGAGGAGCGCGUUGGCAAAAGGAGAUGGGUGUCAUCAUGGAAACAUUGAAACCGACGCAGCAUCUGUUUGUACUUUAACACCAGCGGGAUGAAAUCACAUGACCAAAGUAAUCCCUCAACCACAGCUGUCAAUGUUUUCCAGAAAAAGGUUGCCGUUGGUGUGAACGAGGCGGGGGCGUGAUGAGGCGUCUUCGCGACGGCUACGUUUACAUGGACAAUGUUGAUCCCCCCGCCCCCCGAAAAAGCUGCGACUACACUAUUCCAUGUUUACUUCAAGCAUGGUGUGUUGAAACUCACUGGGAUCUAAGUUUUGGUUUGUAAUCCGUCCCAAAAAGGUCAGACAAAACCAAAUCGUACAGAAAAACGAAAACAUCUAAAUAAUAAGUUCGACAAAACACAUUUUAUACAGAAUAAUUACAUAAUGACAAAUAAAAUCGAUUAAUGAAUAUUUGACCUACAUGACUCUUGUUAACAAAGAUGGUGAAGAGAAAUAACACAUUUUGCUGUUCAAUAGAUAAUUCUUAAUGUGGGCACUGUACUUCGCGGACUGGUUCGUAAUGCGGAAUGUUUGGCUGCACGAUUAACAAGCCGCCAUAUGAAAACCGUGGGCAAACUUUAGGCAAAAGCGUUCGCCGCAAACCGAAUCAUACGAAAAAUGGGGCGUACCAAAUCAGACGUAACGCUGUACUGUACGUUAUUAGCUGUAGGGAUAGGUAACGAAUCCAUUCUUGCCAACCUUGAGACCUCCGAAUUCGGGAGAUGGGGGUGAGUGGGUGUAUAUUCAAGAGUUAGUGCUGCAAGGGAUUCUGGGUAUUUGUUCUGUUUAUGUUGUGUUACGGUGCGGAUGUUCUGCCGAAAUGUGUUUGUCAUUCUUGUUUGGUGUGGGUUCACAGUGUGGCGCAUAUUUGUAACAGUGUUAAAGUUGUAUAUACAGCCACCCUCAGUGUGACCUGUAUGGCUGUUGAUCAAGUAUGCCUUGCAAUCACGUAUGUCUGUGUAAAAGCUGCAUAUAUUAUGUGACUGGGCCGGCACGCUGUUUGUAUGGAGGAAAAGCGGACGCUAUAGGCAGUGUCUUAAAGGCACGCCCCCUAUAUUGUUGUACGGGUGGAAAUCGGGAGAAAUUCGGGAGAAUGGUUGCCCCGGGAUAUUUUCGGCACUGAAAUUCGGGAGUCUCCCGGGAAAAUCGGGAGGGUUGGCAAGUAUGACUGAAUCAAGUAUAUUUUUUGGCACCAAUUCACGUAAUGGUGCCUUAUCACGGUACCUGGGUUGCGCGUGACAUCACGCCCGGUUGCCGACUCAGCUCGGUUCUUCGCACUUCGGCUCUUGGCAAUCACUCCAGCAGCACAAAGUAAUUAACUAAAAAAAAAAACGCCUCAACGCAAGUAAAAUAAAGCUCCACAUUUCUAAAUUGUGCUAGCUUGAUGCUAAUACAUUGGCUUUGCUAUUGACUAGCAUUAGCGAUUUUACAUGGCGAAUUCAACACCUCCAAAUUUUAAAAUAAAAACUACAACUAAGAUGCAUAUUACAAAUAUAACAUCUAGUGCGUUUUGAUUGAUUGAUUGAUUGUUUGAUUGAAGCUUUUAUUAGUUUAUUGUACAGUACAUAUUCUGUACAAUUGACCACUAAAUGGUAACACCCGAAUAAGUUUUUCAACUUGUUUAAGUCGGGAUCCACGUAAAUUAAUUCAUUGUAAGUAAGUACAAUACUUACACUAUUAACACUUUUUAGGUCGCAACAAAAAAAAACUAAAAAAUAACUAUGGACUACUGUCAUCGAACAUCUUGAACAGCUACAAGUCAUACUUGCAAAUGAUAAUAUAAACAUAAUGAAAGAAGAUAUAACAACUGGACAGCAGUUAUAAUUAGCUCAUUUGUAAAUAUUGCAAUAAAAAUGUAAUUUAAUUACCAGACACAAGUAUUAAUUAAUAAACACACAAAAGUAAAGAAAAUUGAUACCAUUGAUUAUUGGUAUCAUUUCCCAGACACCAGGAAUUGGUCCUGUAUCAGUUCAACUGUGAACGGUACCCAUCCCUAAUUAGCUGUAACCAAUGUCAGGCUCUUCACCCCUCAGAGUACCAGGACCACAUGAACUGCGUUAGCAUCUCCACAAAAUGGGUUCAUCACGAUGCAAAAUGCUUACAUAUUAGCUUUACAGACGCAGCAUGUUUUCAAUAAAGUCUAGCAUUACAAACUCAAAUAAUUAAAAAUGACAUGUAAAACAUUUGGGCCGCCAUAAGGAAUCUUGGGAAACGCGAUGCAUCCCGACAAAAACAAAACCGGGGGGGGGAAACAAAGCUGCAUUUGAAGGAUCAUUCCAAUUGUUGUGAUGCCAGAUGCCUUCAAAAGUAGGAUGCAAUCCUUUGAACUUGAGGACACGGCAAUUAUCUCCGAACAUGAAGCAGAACUAUUCCAUCAUAACGUAAGCCCAGAAGCGUGUCUUCUUUUUAGCGGUCAUUGGGUUUGGGAUUUGAACAUCUUUUGCCAAACGUCACUUAACAUCAAAACCGACAAACAACAAAACAGUACUGGUGGAUUCAAGUAGUCUGACUCACUUCAUUCUGGUUCAGGGCGUUUACGUCAGGGUUAUCCUGAUUGGGUUGGAAUCGCAAUAUUCAGGUCCAUGUAAACGUAGCCUGCCGCGUUUUCAUCAGCACCGCUGGAACGAGCUGGUUAUUGGAUUCGACGUUUUAGCGUCACGAGUGUACUCAUGUCCGUCUUUUGACAUUUUGACUGCAUUUUCGACAAACAUGGUUGCUUCUACGUGUGACGGUCAACAAGCGAUGCAGAUAGCUGGCCUGUCUGUCCUUGAUUGACACAAGAAAAAAAAAAAAAGACUUUUACAAAGUGGAACCAAAUUGACUUUGGUUUCAUCUUUAACUUAAUUUUGGUUUUCAUUUGGCUCUCCGUUGAGGUAAAUGGGAAUAUGCACUAACUAUUUAUUUAUUAGCCAUAGAAGUACAGAGGCGGGUCAUUGAUACAUUGGCCUUUCAGCUGUAAAAGAAAACAAAACAAAAACAUAAAAAAACAAUAAGUCAUGUAUAUAUAUUUUUUUGUCUGUACACCAUUCAUAAUGCAGCACUUAGGAAAUAGUAGGCACGCUUUUUUGUUAAAAGAAAAAACACAGGGGCUUCAUUUUCUAAUUCCAUAUUUAUGUAUCUCAGUUCUGACAAUUGUGUCGCCUCGCUAAAAGCAAUAUGAAUUUAUUGUUCAUCCGCAAAGAUUGUAGCAUACCUGAUUUCAACAGACAGAUGUUUUUUUGUUUUUUUUUAAUUUAUG